AAUCUGUCAAACGUCGUGUCCGUCAUGAGAACUAGGUCGACAGAAUAGUCAAUGUCUAAUUUUUUGGAUUGUUCGAGCAGUAAUUUGCUGGCAUAGAAUUACAAUUUGAGUAAAGUUUAACAAAAAUCGAAUGUAUUAUGAAUACAUCUUAUUAAAACUGCAUCGCAGACAGUUAAACAUCGGAGCAGAAGGAGCUAGAAUAAGACAUAUGGCAAAAGACAGUAGCUGAGAUGGCUGAUAAACAUAGUUUAAACUAUGAUGUGAGGGAGCUGAAGUUGGGCAGUAGCUUUACCAACAAUAAAACAUCUCAGUACCAUACAAUUAAAUAUGAUUUCAAGCCAGCAUCAGUGGAUGUCAAUAAAAUGGCAACAGUCGAUGUGGGAACUAAUAAUCAAGUGACUGUAACUGUGCCCCAUUUAGAUGGCGCUGGAGUACCUCAGACAGUAUUCAAAGGCAGUCAAAGGCCUUACACAAAGGAAUGCGUGCUCAUUAUAGACAGGGUCACUGGAGAAAUCACCUUAGAGAAACUAUCAAGUAAUAUACAAGUUAAGAAAACAAGACAAGAGACAGCACAGAAGCCGCGGCCGCUGACUCCUGUCACCACAGACUUCACCAACACGACGCAGCGCUCCAGCUCUCGCACCAGAGUCGCUACAAACAGACGCACCAAUAAUAAUGCCAAUGCGAACGGUGGGCAAGCCAACAGCCAGUCCCGGUUCAAUAACAACGGCUCGAAGCCUCAGAACAUGGUGCGCUCGCCCUCCAGAGUCAAAACCUCUCCACCGCAAGCACCUUGGUCUGCGGGUGGCAACAGUACAUUAGCAUCGCUACCGAUGAUAGGGCUAGAUGACGCGCCCUCAGCCAGCCCCCCCGCCGCGCGCCCUCACCCCCCGCCCGCGCCCCUCGCACCCCCCGCCGCGCUCCCGCCCGUCACACAGCACGUGCCCCACGUGCCCCCCGCCCAGCACGUGCCCCACGUGCCCCACGUGCCUCCCGCCCCGCACAUACCACAAAUGCCGAACGUGGGACACGUCGCGCACACGCAGCAUAUGCACGCCCCGCCCCCUGCGCCCGCGCAGCCGCCUUCUGCGGCGUCUCAAGAUGACAGCUCGUCUAGCUCGUCGAGUGACAGUGACAGCGACAGCGGCAGUGGUAGCGAUAGCGAUGACAACGACUCCCCCGCGCCCCCCCGGACUCACCAACCCCCCACCACCAACGGUACAGUGGGCAACCCGGCAUUGCCGAGCGUGCUCAACGAUGAUCUCUGUCUGUCCGAGUCCGGCAGUGACUCGGACUGACCGCAGCUCAUUCACUCAUUCACUCACGGCUCUACGGAUUCUUCUUAUAUCACCCUAAAACUUGGCCAGAGCAUACAUACGACAUUCAUAUGUUAAAGAAUUAAAGAAGAAAAAUCAAAGGAAAAAAAACAAGGAUAUUUGAACCGGUGAGAGGCGCUGCUAUCGCGCUCCGGUCUGCCAGAAUAUAUAAAACCUACUUAGACUAAGAAUAACGUGACAGCUGCAGUACAAAGAGGAAUUUGUGACGUUGACAGGGGGCGCUAGUGAGCUGUCAUAAUUUAGUUUGACUUUUGCCCACUGGUUCAGAUAUCUUUGGUUUAUAUACUCUUAUGACACCCUAAGGAUAGAAAUGGAAUGAGACUUCAUUCUUUAACCCGAGCAAGCGAAAAAUAUGUAUCAAAACGAUAUUUGCAAAUAAAUAUCUGUCUCGCUCAAUAAGCGACAUCGAGACGACAACGGGUGUACGUCGCGGCUAUCGCGUAGCUAGCGGGGCAGGGUGAGUGCGCCACUUUAGUUUCUUAAAUUAAAUAUCAAAAUCAGGUUUUUUUAAUUCAUAACUAAUAAAAUUUCCGUUACUAUAGACCAACAAGGACAUCUGUUCCAGUAGGCAUAAGUCAAGUAUGCCAGCACACUAGCGCCCCCAUGUAAACGUCAAAAAAGUGUCAAGAUUUUUUAAUAGCUGUUGUCAUACUUUUUUAUAUGCCCUGUCUACAAACGACCGUGGCUCAGAUAUCCUUGUUUGACAAAAAAAAUAUUGCCGAUUUUUUUUAAUUAAUUUAAGUCGUAAAUGUGGAAUAAUGAAGCUGUUGUCAAGUUUUAAGGUGGUCAGAUUUAAAUGACUAUAUGACAAAAAUACUAUGGUCCUUGUAAGUAAUUACAAAUGACGUCAUACUAAGUAAAAUGUGCCUCAAAAGAAUAGAGAUAUAUUUUUAUUUUAUGCCAAUAUUUUUAAUGUGAAUUAGUAAUAAGAUUAUAUUGUUUGUUUGAUGAAAAUAUAACAUACAAAUGUAUGUAUGAGCAAUAUACAAACUCCAAAAAAAAACAUACAUUGCGUGAAUACAUAUAUAUUUAAAACCUGUUUCUUACGAGGUAUUUAAAAGU